UCCUGUAGACACAGGACGAAGGAAGAUGACUGGUCCUUUGACGUGGAAUAUUUCCGUACAGAGACGAUGGAGGAGUAGCGACUUGCAAGUCGAAGCCUAACCCGUCCUAACUUCACAUCCAGACGGGAUAUUUUAGCUUGAAAUCCUGGGUUUUUCUGAGUUGACGAACAGCAGUCAACGAUAAACGUCUCCACCUGUUUCGUUUUAGCUACAAUCAUGAUUAAAGCCAUUUUAAUUUUUAACAACCACGGGAAACCAAGACUUUCUAAAUUCUACGAGCAUUAUAAUGAAGACACGGAGCAGCAGAUCAUAAGGGAAACCUUCCACUUGGUCUCAAAAAGAGAUGAAAACGUCUGCAAUUUCUUAGAAGGAGGAAUGCUGAUCGGGGGUUCGGACUACAAGCUGAUCUAUAGACACUAUGCCACGCUGUACUUUGUGUUUUGUGUCGACUCUUCAGAGAGCGAAUUAGGCAUUUUAGACUUAAUCCAGGUAUUUGUAGAAACGUUGGACAAAUGCUUUGAAAACGUCUGUGAACUUGACUUAAUUUUCCAUGUAGACAAGGUCCACAAUAUUCUUGCUGAAAUGGUGAUGGGUGGAAUGGUCUUAGAGACCAACAUGAACGAAAUCAUCACACAGGUGGACGCCCAGAACAAGAUGGAGAAAGCUGAGGCCGGUAUUGCAGGAGCACCCGCUCGUGCUGUAUCCGCUGUGAAGAACAUGAACCUGCCGGAAAUGCCCAGAAACAUCAACAUUGGUGACAUCAGCAUAAAAGUGCCAAAUUUACCUUCCUUCAAGUAGUGGCAGUGAGAUCCAGAACCUGCAGAUGUCCACCACCGUUUACCAUGAAGUAAUCUGUUUACCAACACCUAACUUAAAUCAAAAAAGUUUGAAGGUACUGAGUGAUUUGACACUCCCUUUAUUUCUGUUUUUUUCCUGUUCAAAGAUAAAUGUAAAGAGUUUUAGCCAUUUGAAAGGAAAAAAUAUAUCUAUAUAAUUAUCUGUGUUACAUUCCUGACACAUACAUUCACCUUUAGCAGUUCCGACUUAUUGCAGUUUCUGACUAAAACCAUUUUACUUGAACAAAUGUUUCGCUCCAAAGACAAAGCAAGACAAUUUGUGACUUUUUGGUUGAUUUUUUUUCACUCCAGAUUAGAAAAGUCAACCAAAAAAAGACUUGUAAAUGGGGUAAUAUCCAUUUCAGAAUGGGGAAAAGAUCUGUUGACGUUUAAAUAUGAAAUUCAGAAUACAAACAUUUCAGAUACUGUCUGAAAAACAUGGCUUUAUUAAGUGUGUAUUUGGUGACAAAAAAGUUUUUUUCUUAUUUGCACAAUAUUGUAAAAAUAUUUAUCAUCUCUUGUCAGAUGUUUCUAAGUUCUUAUCUAUUUCUCUUCUUUUUCAACAAUAAAUGAUGAAAAUCCUU